UGAAAAGUUUACACAUAAUUCGUUUCCGGUCUCAGUUUUCAGUUUGAUUACAUCUGAUGUGAUCUGGUAUGUAAUGUUUUCUUUUACUUGUAAAAGUUUUAUUCAUUUUUCAUGUCAAACUAAUAAUAUUUUAGCUUAGUAAUUCAAUUAGGUCAAAUGUGAAGAGAUAGCAUUCUGGUUCCGAUAGGGUCAAAACCCUGGUCCUAGUUCCGAUAGUGGUGAUAGUCAGGGGCCAGGGUCAAAACCCAGGUUAGGGAUGAGUUUCAGUUUAGUUUAGGAUUCAGGUUAGGGAUAGAUUUAGGGUUCAAUUUAGGUUUAGGGAUACAUUUAGGACAUAAGUUUGUGGGUCCGCGCAACCAAGGUAAAAAAUAAAGGCGGUGCUAUCACACUUCACAUUUACUAUCAAUAUCACUAUCACUUAUUGGAAUAAUGCAUGCAGCAUAUCGUUACCAAAAACUAAUAUAAAUAGAACAAUUAUUUUUUAGUAGGAUUUAUAAUAAUCUAAGUCAGUGUCUUUUGUGACUCACUACCGUGAUUAAGCGUGAUACAAAAGUGCAUAGGCAUAGAGUAGUAUCAUAGAGCUUGCCUAAUCUUGGGUUGGUAUGUAUAAUAAGAAAUUUUUAGAGAUGUAUGAGUAUGUCUCAUAUGCUAAUUACAAUUUAUGAUAAUCAUUACAUUCAAGUUAACACUUAUCUUAACUGACCUAAGUGUUAACUUAUUCAUUUGUGAAUGAAUAUUCAAUUCAUGAUGAUUAUGUAAUAAUUUAAAACCCUUUUAUUUCCACAUUGAUAGCAAAUAAUGUAUUUCUUCUUACUGAAGAUAAAUUAUGGAAAAACCAUGGUCACCUGCAUUUCGCAGCAUAGUGCGUGCUGCAACAGGUGGUGCAGAGACUUGGUCACACACAGAUGACAGCAUGAAAAUGAGGCAGUAUGGAUGGCGCUGUUCAACCAAUGAAGAUCUUUACUCAACUAGAACCCUAAUUGGAAAUUACAAUGAGGAAAGAUUCGACCUUAAGGAAAUCAAAAAGAACAAACCAUUGCCAUCACAGGUAUCAUCAAAUAUAUAAUAAAUGUUUGGUUUAACUUAAAAAUAGGUGCUAGAAAAUUUGUUGGUACUUAUAACUAAUAUGUUAUAUUAUUCUCCAUUUUUCUUAAUCCAGCUCUAUAAAUAUAAACUAAGUUUAGUAAAGGAGGGCAACUUGUAUACAUCCUUUGAAAAAUUGUGUAUUGAAAGCCAUUGAGUAAUACUUAAUGUGUUGGUCCACAGACCUGCUCAGAGUUCGCAGGUCUUUAGUCACCAUUUGGCAACAGAUGAAAAAAUUAAGAUGACUGAAGAAGUGCAUAAAUAAAUAGAUAUGGCUAUGGUAAUGGUACUUCCUGCAAUCUAGACAAUUCAUUCUGUCACCCUGAAAGGUUUAAUUUAAACUGGUGUAUUCUUGAAAAUUACCUAGCAAAAUAUAAGAAAUUUAAGGUAAACUGUCAGAUCCCAAAUAUGACUGUCAUUAAGCAAUGGGACGUUUUGUAUUUUCAUGCCUACCAUUAUUCUGCUUGUUAAACAGUACAACCAUUACUACCAGCCUGUAUAUGCAACAUCAUAUAAUAAGUCACCACUGCAUCGCUACCCAGAUGAUCUCAAGCGUCUCAAGGGUGGGUAUCAAUGUCAUUUAAAAGUGUUCACAGGGGUCACAAAAAUGAUGUUGUACAUUUAAGUGUGGUGAGGGGGUGAUUUUGUGAUGAUGUAUUAUUAGUGUGUCUAAAUUUUGUAAAAAAUGUUUGUGAAUUGGGGGAGGGAGAUAAAAAAAUUGGCCUAAAUAGUGUGACACUUUUAAUGGAAGACCCACUAGUUUUUCUUAUUUUUGAUUUUCAAGUAUAAUUUUUAUAUAUUUACUUAAUCUUCUCUGAAAAUGUAAAUAGUAAGUAAAAAUGACAGCGUCUCUCUUUACUUUUAAAUCAAUUAUAAUUUAACAAUAUCUGUAUGUAGAUUUGAGUUAACUUAUUUCACACAAUAUAUUUUGACCUUAACAUUCCUAUAUAUUUCAACGAAUGUAUGUUGCAUUGUCCCAUAGCACCUUUGUGUUUUAGUAAAACUGAAUUUUUAAUAACUUAUUUAGGUCGUCUUCCACGUGCCUACUCUGUUCACCAACCUGAGCUUGACACACUUGCUCAAAAGGCUUAUUGCAAUAGUUGGGAGACAUCCUAUCGCACAUCCUUUUUACAUCCUCGACUGAGGCUGCAACCAAUCAAAAGUGAGCCUGAUGACCAGGGAGUCAGAUGUCCUUAAAUAAAAGAUUUAAAAUUUGUUUAAAUUAAUUUAAUUUUAUCAGUAUUAACCAAUUGCAGGGUCUCAUUUCAGGAAGUGUUUAAAUUAUAUAACUGAAUAACCUUUAACUUUAAAUCAGGAGCUGCAAACUAUGGUCUGCAGGCCAAAUCAAACCAGGCACUUCUUUUGUAAGACCCUUGAAUAUAUCAUUUUAAUUCUUGAAAAGUUCCAAGCAUGUGCUAAAAUAGUAUUAUAAUUGUCAUUUAAAAAAAUAUUUUGCAUUCAUAUGCUGCUUGGUCUAUUGUCAUGAUGUUAUAAUCAUGCCACAGCAUGUCCACUUAAUACCAAUAUCUUCCCCAUACCAACAAAAAAAAAAUGAAUCUCCUUUUAGAACCAUUGCUUGUUUAAUUACAACUGAUAUAUUCAUCCCCAUUCAAAACAAACAUAUAUGUUCACUUGUACUUAUGCCUUACCAGUGUAAAGUGGUUAAUGCAUACUAUGUUUCAUUGCAUGCGGCUCAUGUGAUGAGAUGCAUACCUGAUUAACAUGUGACCACUAUUCCCCCCCUCCAUGCUCUUUAUGAAGUCUAUGUAAGUCUCAAAACCAUUUUUCACUCCAUUCUUUUAACAAUUGUCUCACCUCUCCAUAGUUCACAUAUUUUUAAUAAAACCUGAUACAUGGCAUUCCUUUAUGCCAAUGCAGUUCUAAUAUAAAGUUUUCUACAUGAUUUCUCCAUAUUAUUUUAAAUUUGUAGGAAAGUAUAUGACAUUUAUUUUAUGAAUUUAAGUAAGAGAAAUAGCUAAAACCAUUACAGAAAAUGUGAACUGAAUUUUCUAAAAAAUCCCAAAAGUGUACGCCUACAAUAAACAUCUGAUAUGUUAUCAAAUCAUGGUUAAUGUUGCUGAAAUGUAUUAACAAAAAAAUUUUUGGCAUUCCAUUUUAAAGUGCCUUUGUUUUGCUUAUGAAAGCAGUUUUAGCCCUUUUUUUUUGCAAUAAUAUUUUAUAUUUGUGUGCCAAACAUGACCAAAGCAAAUUGUGAUACCUUUAUACCUAGUUAUUAAUACAUCAUCAAAUUAUAUUUGAAAUAUAUAGCUGUGUCUAAUUUACUUGUUUACUUCUUUAUAUUUUACUUUUGUAAACAUUUUGGUUAUUAAAAGCAAAUCAGUAGUGUUUGAAUGGUCUUUAUUAACCAAGGCCCAGCAGUUGGCAAAAUAUGGCAUCCAGGCAAAAUUUCAUUUUCUCUCCCUCCUGUGGGCUAAUAAUAGUUUUUAAACUUACAUAAUAUAAUAUUUAAAUCUCAGAAGAACAGUUACUCCUAGAAAUUUUAUAAUCAUAAAUAAGGUUUUAAUCACAACACCAUAAUGGUGGUUUGUUUUAAAUUGUUUAUGGCUUACAUUAUUUUAUGCUUUUGGCCAGCACAUUUUUAUCACAUGGGAAUUACAGUUUUUGGUGACAAAUUUACUCUGUUUUUUUAAAAACCUAUAUGAUAACAUCAUGUCAUUUCCUAUUCGCACAAGAGAAAUAAAAUAUUUAGUUAUCAACUUUUAUUAAAAAAAUUUCCCCUACAACUACUCUAGACUUUCAUUUAAUUCUUGUAGUCUAUAUCAUAUUUCAAUACACGGGACAUAAGAAAAAAAGGGUUUAAUAUUUUUGUGCUGGCAGGAAAUUAAUUGUAUAAAUUCCUUUCAUAUAGUUGCAUAAAUUUAUCUAUUAAUUAUUUUAAUGAGAUUUUUAGGUAGUGCAAAUGUUUAGGCUUCUAGAUAAUUUACAGCAGUUUUGAAAAGUGCUUAGCAAUAAAAUGAUUUAAAAUAUAUCACCUUAGUCUUGGCUUUUAAAAAUUUAUGUUUACCUUCUGUAAAUUUGGGAUUGUUCAAUUCAAUCUUCAUUUCAGCAAUAGGCCCUAUAUCUUCCUUGCUUAUAUUUUUUUAUGAAGCUUUUACUUUUUACUAUUUAUAAGAAAUAAUUGAAUAGAUGAAGCAAGCGCCCCCUUCUCUCUUUUUAAAAAAUAAAUAAUGUGAAUGGAUAAUUCAACAUUUACAAAAUAAUUAGGUUGUUAGAAUUAGACAAAAAAUAAUAAUAGAGAAAUGUCCUUAUAAGGAGUCCCUCAACAGGUGGCCCAAUACCAUUUGUUUUUCCAUGGAUAGUUGUUCCAAAUGUCAACGAAUAUGACACAUUUGUGUAAUUUCAUAGCUCCAAUAGAGAUAUAUAACAUCCUCAACCCACCAAUUACUUAAAAAUUCUCUUGACUAGCAAUAAGAUCUAUAAAUUCUCCUCACUACCAAUGGUGGUUUACAACUUUACCAAACCACCAUUAUGAUUACAUAAAACCGGGGCAAAAGAAGCUAUAGUCUGUACUUAAUUCCUAGCUUCUAGAAACAUUUUAUUUUUUGUAUUAGAUAUUGGCAAGAUCCGUGGAUCUUUGUAGAAUUGACAAUAAAAACUCUGGGUUUUACUGAAUAUUUUUUAUUAUUAUUUACAUAAUGGAAUGCUUGGGAUAUAGUGUGAAGUGAAUAAAUCAAAGAUCAAUGAUUUCAU